CACGUUUUAUUUCUGUGGCUCGGCGCGCAGGUGUGACGUCAUCAGGGCGCGUCGCAGUGACGACUGCAGCUCGAGGAAUCCUCGCGUGUUGUUUUAUCUUCGUAAAUCUGUACGAAUAAAGCAUGAGCUCUCAAAUAACGUGUGUGGGAUGGGUGAAGCGCGGAGUCGCCAAAGAAACGCCGGAUAAAGUUGAGCUGAGCAAAGAAGAGCUGCAACGCAUCAUAUCGGAGACUAAAGAGGAGCUAGGGGAUCCUGGUGAUGGUGAGGAGGAGGAGGAGGUUGAUGAAGGUGUGGUCAGUGGCCUGGAUGUCAGUGAAGAGGCAGCUGUUGCGUCUGCUAGUGAAGAAAUAAAAGAGGAGGAGGAUGAGGAAGAGGUUGAUGAGCUUGCAGAGUACGGACUGGACAAUUAUGAUGAAGAAGACAUCGCAACGUCAAAUCUUGGAGACAGUCUGGCAGGACUGACAGUGUUUGGCACUAAUGAAGAGGAUCCAUACAUCACCAUCAAAGACACAGAUCAGUACGAGCGGGAGGAUUUUCAGAUUAAACCCACCGAUAACCUGAUUCUAGCUGGACGGGCCGAGAAAGACUGCUGUAACCUGGAGGUUUACGUGUUUAACUCCCAGGAAGACUCUCUGUAUGUGCAUCAUGACAUCCUGCUGCCCGCGUAUCCGCUCUGUGUGGAGUGGCUGAACUUUGACCCCAGUCCAGAGGAAGGACAAGGGAAUUACGCGGCUGUAGGGAGCAUGACGCCUGUGAUUGACGUCUGGGAUCUGGAUGUAGUGGACUGUUUGGAGCCAGCCUUCUCACUCGGCAGCAAGAAGAAGAAGAAGAAGAAGAAGGCGGCUGAAGCCGUCGACGGACACACGGAUGCUGUGCUGGAUCUGUCCUGGAACAGACUGGUCAGGAAUGUUCUGGCGAGCGCGUCUGCGGAUGAGUCGGUGAUCCUGUGGGAUAUGGAGAAGGGAAAACCAGCAGCGACCCUCACAAAACACACAGAUAAGGUUCAGACGCUGAAUUUCCACCCGUUUGAGGCUCAAACUCUCAUCAGCGGAUCAUAUGACAAGUCUGUGAUCCUGUACGACUGCCGCAGUCCAGACGACAGCCAUCGGAUCUGGCGCUUCAGCGGACAGGUGGAGCGCGUCGUUUGGGAUCAUUUCUCUCCGUGCCACUUCCUGGCGAGUACAGAGGACGGCUUCGUUUAUUGCCUGGACGCUCGUUCAGAUAAACCUGUGUUCACGCUCCGAGCUCACGAUGGAGAAGUUUCAGGGAUGGAUCUGAGCAGUCAGAUCCGCGGCUGUCUGGUCACGUCUUCAGCAGACAAACACGUGAAGAUCUGGGACGUCCUGGGAGACAAACCCACCCUGAUCCACUCCAGAGACAUGAAGAUGGGCGUUGUGUUCUGCGGCUCCUGUUGUCCAGAUCUGCCGUUCGUCUGUGCGUUUGGAGGACAGAGGGAUGGGCUGCGCGUCUGGGACAUCAGCGACGUCGCUGCAGUCGCGGAGGCUUUCAGCAGCCGGGAACGUUUGGUGGCGAAUACAGUAUCCGGAGCGUCCGGCGGGGUCAUGGACGUCUCAUAACCACAGGCAUAAUCUGAGACUGAAUCAUCGACUCGCAGAAGACUGAGAAA